AUGUGCUUAGAUCACACGAUACAACCUAACUACCUAAAUGACGGCAGUGAUAGGUUAGCAUUUUCCCCAGUUUCGCCUGUAAGCAGUACGCUCUCCCAGCCAACAUCAGCAUUUAAAUCCCUUCAGGACAGGCUUCGAUCGGAUUCAACCGCCUAUUUACAGCAGAACAUACCCACCUCUGCAGCACACAGAUACCCACAAGAACGCACCAGCACUAAGCGACAGGCAUCGGAUAGUGUUGACCUUGACGACGACGAGGAGAGCGUUCGUCAUGCAUCUGUGUCAGGAUCCGAAGGUCGCAGUCCUAAGCGCAAUAAGCCACAGAAGGAGCUAUUAACUGAAGAAGAGAAGCGCACCAAUCACAUAGCAUCUGAACAGAAGCGAAGGAGUACAAUCAGAACUGGCUUCAAAGAUCUCACAGACAUUGUGCCCACUCUGAAAAAUAUUAACAAUUCCAAGAGCGCUGUACUGUUCAAGGCCGUAGAGUAUAUUAGAUACCUUGAAAAAAGAAAUAAGGGUCUUCAUGAA